AUGGACUCACCCCCAUCCUCUCCUCCCCUCUCCGCCACGGGCGACACUCCGGCAGUAGCCCCGGACCGUCUCACCUUCAUCGGCGGCGGCCACCUUGCCCAGGCCUUUGUUGACGGCAUCUACGCCUCCUUUUCAACCACCGGUAACAACAGCAACAGCAACAACCUCUGGAAACACAGUACCACCAUCAACAACAAAAAGCCAUGUCCCAUAACCAUCACCGCCCGACGGCCCGAGCACCUCCGCCAGCUGCAAACCAAAUACCCCCUUGCGCACGUCACCCUUGACAACCUCGACCCUCUCAUCUGGGAGACCCCAGAAGAUGUAGAAACCUACCACCACGUCCUCUUCAUCUGCACGCUCCCCAUCGACGUCCCCUCCGUCUGCAGGCAAAUUGCACCAGCCAUUGCUACCAUCUCUCCCUCAACGGCAAGGCCAACGAUAGUAACCAUGUGCCCGGGAAUCUCCGUGGCACAACUGCAGAGCUGGCUACCUGCUGGCACUCCGAUAGUGCGGUCGAUGCCUAACUUGCCGGUUACCGUGCGCGAGGGGGCCACGGGGUUGUUUCCCUGCGAGAACGCGAGGGGACAGAGGACUGAGGUAGUGAGGGAUGUUGUGAGGUUGGUUAGUCCGGCAGCGGUGGUGUUGGGGAGAGAGGAGGAGUUGGAUAUUGUUGCUGCUAUUUCUGGAUCUGCCCCGGCACACUUCUACUUCUUAAUUGAAUCUCUCGUCGCCGCCGCGGAAGCUCACGGACUAGAUAGCGAGACGGCGCGCGAGCUGGUGGUGCAGUCGUGUUUGGGAUCGGGCAUGUUGUCGAAACGGGACUGUGAUAGGCCGGUUUCGGUGUUGAGAAAGGAGGUUUGUGUGCCGGGAGGAAGCACGGAGAAGGCUAUUAACCAUAUGAUGGAGGGUGGAUUUCCGAGGCUGGUGGGUGAGGCUGUGACAAGAAGUUUGAGGGCGAAUAGGGAGAUGAGUCGGGUUGAAAGGGACUGA